AGUGUGUGUCUCCUCGCAACGAGUGCGGUUCACCGUGCCCGCCUGGUAGCAGUGUCUCGGCACCAUGCCGGUCUGCGCGCCACCGGCCGCUGUGAUCUAGAAGCGCGUCAACUGCUUGUGGUCUGCGUCCAUCUGCUGCCACUGCUGCCGUUCGUCGAAAGUGUGAUAGACACGGCUGGAAGCCGCAGCGGCGGCUCGUCGUUUCGGUCGAUCGGUUGGCCGCAGUCAUGCGUGGGCCAACGUUGGUGAUCGCCGCCGCCUUCGCGGCGGCCCUGGUGCUACCUCCCUGCCUGGGGCACGUAGCCCUAACCUUCCCGCCGGCGAGGCGGUACGACCUGGACUUCCUCGACAACGGCCGAACCAAAGGGCCCUGCGGAAUGCCCAAAAGUGACAUAAUCACAACACUACCUGUCGGUGCCACAAUCAACGUUACAUGGCACUUGGCCUAUCCGCAUAAGGGGGGCUUCAAGUUAGAACUGCUUGAUGCCGAGGAGAAGCACAUACAAGAUCUGACACCAUCUUCAGAAUUCCUUGGCUUGGGUGACGCUACGGCCCAGAGCUCAACUGUGCGUCUACCCGGGUCUGUCGCCUGCCGCGGCUGUUCGAUUCGCCUCCUGCGACAGGCGUCGGAGUGGGGUGGAAAGUACCUUUUCUGGAGUUGCGCCGACGUUGACCUAGUUCCAGUGCCAGAAUUCAACGUCAUCUGCUCUGGCCAUGGAAGAAUUGAUGGCGGGAGAUGCCAUUGUGACCAUCUCUACUCUGGCAAUGUGUGCCAGUACAAAGAUGAGUGCUGGAUUGACCCGGAUUGUGGACCUCACGGCCGCUGCGUGAACAUUGACGCCACCUCGUAUCCACGAACACAGUGCUUUUGCGAGAUGGGCUGGUUUGGAGAAGGAUGCCUAAAACAGUCACCGGUCACUCGUGAAGGCCUGAAGUGGUCAGCGUACCGAAGCAAGAAACUUUCUGACACAUUCAGCUUAUAUUGGAAAAUCCUACCACAAAGCUCAGAAAUUGAGAUGGUCAUGAAAGUCAAGGGCACGUCCUAUGUUGCUGUUGGAUGGAGGCCCAAGGACACCACAAAUGCUUGCAAGGCUUUCCCAUCUUUGCCAAUCCAAGAAAAGCGCUCUAAGCGUCAGGCUCCUGCCGACACCCAUUAUGACGAUUAUGCAGACGAGGAGUCCAGUGAGCCAACCCAAAAGCAAGAGCCCCAACCAACGCCGGAACCAGCUCCUGAACCAACACCCGAGCCAACUGCUGAACCAACACCAGAACCAGCAGCGUCUAAUGCGAAGGAGCAUCAGGCUACCCCUGAGCCCACACCAGAGCCUAAGCCAGAACCUGAGCCAUCCCCAGAGCCAACGCCAGAGCCCGAGCCCACAUCAUCUUCACACCAUGAGGCUGAGUCAGCACAGAGUUCAGAGCACAAGCCCGCUCCAGAACCAACGCCAGAACCUGCCCCAGAACCAACUGCAGAACCGACGCCCAAGCCUGAACCUCGAUCAGAACCAGAAGGUGCCCCAAAACCCGAGCCAGAGCCCGCUGCAGAGCCCACCCCUGAGCCAGCACCAGAGCCAGCGCCAGAACCAACUGCUGAGCCAUCCCCAGAACCAGCCCCUGAGCCAGCACCAGAGCCAGCACCUGAACCAGCACCCGAACCAAAAGCUGAGCCAACACCAAAACCUGAACCAGAGCCGGAGCCAUCUGCAGAGCCAAAGCCAGAACCAGAGCCAAAACCAGAGCCAGAGCCAGCACCGGAGCCAGCACCGAAACCAGAACCAGAACCCAAGCCUGAACCGGAACCAAAGCCAGAGCCAGAACCAAAACCAGGAGCCAAAGGGUCAACGAAAGCACCAGGUGGCAAAGCUGAAGGCCGUAGCCUGAACGUGGGUACGGGUCGAUACCCUCCUGUUGGGCCUUACACACCGCGUGCAGACUUCCAUCCGAUGGACUGCACAGACAUCGUAGUGGGAGCAGCGAGAGGAAACCUGAGCCGUGUCCUGGAUAUGUACACUCGAGACCGGUCCACCCCACGUACAGAUGCAUUUUAUGGUGGUAAAGACGACCUCUCGGCUGCAUUUGCAUACGAAGAGGAUGGCACAACUGUGGUCUUCUUUCGCAAGCCACUGGCAGCCAACGAACUACCAGAUCAACCACUCAAGAAUGCGCCAACCCUGCUGAUCUGGGCACAAGGACAGGAACAUGGAAACUAUGUGCACUCGCCCAAGACAGGCCUUGACGAAGGCCACGCUAGCGUGCUUGACUUUUACCGAACUGAUGAACUCAAAUACCAUGGCCACAAGGACCAAAGGGGAAGUACCGUCAUCAACUUUCACGGAGAGACGCGACGGGACCCAUGCCAGGGUGAAUGGCGCUACCCGUCAACAUGUCGGGGCGACAGCUGCACAUAUUCCGCUAGCUGGUUGGCAAAUCCACACACGGAAGAAGUGUCCUUUGAAAUCCGAUCAAAGAUUGCCGACCGGUGGACCGGACUCGGGUUUUCGGAGGACCGCCGCAUGCCCAACACAGAUGCUGUCAUUGGAUGGGUGGAAAAGAAUGGCCGGUUCUUCGUAUAUGACAUGUGGCUGUCCGGCUAUAAGGAACCAUCAAAUGACGUUCGGUCAGACCUGUUCAACGUGAGUGGCGAGCAUGCAGACGGCAUGACCACGCUUCGCUUUGCACGGAAGUUCGACACUGGCGACAAGGUACACGAUCUUGCCUUCACCGAAGGCCACUGCCUCCACCUAGUGUUCCCUGUCGCGGGUGGCACCUACAACAGUGUCCUGCGCAAAAUUGGCCGUCACGCACAAAAUCCGGCUAUCUCGAAGACGACACUGUGCCUGCAUGGCUGCCGCGAGCCACCACCAAAGAGGCCUCCACCUCCACCCCCAUCUUUGCCGCCAGCAGAACAAGGGCCAAUCACCGUUGUCGCAGGUGGAAGCUCAGAUGCUUGCUCGGGCUCCUGGCGUUUUCCCGAUUCGUGCGCUGCUGACGACUGUGAGUACACGGCCAGCUGGCACUACCAGGCUUCCUCAGACCAGGUGUUCUUCACAAUCACCACACGUAGCAACAAGUGGACAGGCAUUGGUUUCUCUACAAACAAGGCCAUGCCCAAAACAGAUGCUAUCCUUGGCUGGGUUGAAGAGACUGGACGUUACUUCAUCAUGGACGUUUGGAUGGAAGGAUACGAGCCUCCUCUGCUGGACCCAGUUCAAGAUGUGGCCAACAUGUCGGGGCAUCGCCGUGAUGGCCGCACCACGCUGAGCUUUGCGCGACAGCGCUACUCCGACGACGUCGGCUACGACCUGGACCUAGACCAAUGCCUGUACUUGGUAUUUCCAACUCAUGGCGGUGUAUUCAAUGCCGUUUCAAAGAAGAUCAGAAAGCACGAGCAGCGGCCCCUCAUUUCUAGUGAACCUGUUUGCUUCACAGCUUGCCAUCCACAAGCCGGUACUAGACCCCGCCCAUCGCCGGGAGGAGGCACCAAGGCCUCAACGCCAGCAGAGGAUGGAGGCGAAGGCCCAAGCAUCACUCCACCACGGUACACGCCAAAAGGCGGGCCACCGCGGAAGCCGACGACUCCCGCACCACCCAGUCUGGAAGAGUACCACCUGCGAUUGCAAGUUCUGGAACCUUGGCAGGCCAGCUACGGCGUGCGUGGAUCACGGCCUUACUCGCUUCUCUCUCAGCAGCUGACUAAAGGGCUGGAACCUGCCCUGAACGAAGUGUCUGAGAAGCAUCAGAUCAAGCUCAAACGCCUCAUAAGGGAGCCUGAUGGUGUGGUGGCCGAAAUGCAGCUGCUGUUGCCAACGGAUCACGAUUCCCGGGCUGUAGAGGAGAGCCUGCGCACUGCCCUGUUGCCGGGACAGCUUCUCGGAGGCUUGCGCGUAAACCCAGCAUCUCUUCAGCUGCACGUGGGUGAUGCGCCAGAGUCACGUGUGCGCCAGUCCUCCCUCCCAGGUUCUGACGCAUCAGGUGAAGAGUCGUCUAGCGAACAGAUCAAGCUGUACGCCAUUGUUGGUGCUGUGGCUGCCCUCGUUUUCCUGCUGCUGGUACAAGCAGCUUCUAUGGCCUGUCGGAGGAAACUGCGCACCCAACCACCUCCUCCCAACAGGGAAAAGUUGCUGACAAGCUCCCACUGGAAGGACUACUCCACCACAGCCAGCAGCAACUACAGUUACGAGAACUUUGCCCUGCGGCCUGACGAAGACCUGGGGCCCCCUGCGGGCGCACCGCGCGCUGCCAGCGUCACCUACGACCGUGGGCCCGCCCGCGUGCCACCCCCCGCCACCAACCCGUACGCUACUGCCCAAAGGCGGCAGCCGCAAGAGAUGAAUCCCGACUUCUACUUCAUGCCACACCAGCGUCGCUACUCUGGCGAGGUGGUGCGAGUGUUUGUGGACUACAGCAACCCAGAGUACACUGGGGCACCCAAGUGAAUGCGCCAGUUGGCGGCAUGAACUGGAAGGGCCACAGCGAACUGUUCAGUGAACUUGCAGUGCUGCAGUCGUGAAGUGCCCGAGCCAAGGCACGCCUGCGGGUCCAUCGGGCGUGCCGGUGCUGACGUGCGAUUUGACAUCUUGAUGACCGCUCGGCUUGUUCGAAGCUUCGGCGUCUCUGUCACAGUCAUCGAAAACCCAAUGGCUACCGAAUGACUUAUUUAGGCUUACUUUGGAUGGCCGCAGCAACGAGGUGCCGAGAUAUGCCCGCGGGUUCAUCGGGCUUGCCUGCAUCUGCGUUGUGGUGGCAAGGCCGUGAGCCAUCAAGCUUCACACCCACACAAAUGGUGCACCUGGAGGUCAGUCGGGUGUAGUGCAGAUUUUUGUUUUCCCAUGUCACGUGCACCUAUACACUUCACGAACUGUUCACGUUGUUACGGCUGCAUUUUGGUGUGUGCUAGAGGCACCACGACACUUGCCACCGAAAAGCAGUAAUGCGUGCUGCUCAACUUGUCAACACCUGGUGCACUACGCAAUGUACCUGCAACUCACUCAAAACCUGCAACACGAGUUUGUGUGGCAGGAAAUAUUCUCAGGCUUUGCAAACUGCUUGCAACAGUAAAACAGCGAAAAUGCAGGUGUGCUAUUGUGGUGAGGCAGUGUUCUUUGAGUUACUUGCAAUUUCUGGCUGAUGAAGUCAAUGUUGAUGUGAGAAGGCAUACGAAUGUGUCAAAUGCAUUUCUGCUGCUGCAGAAGAACCACUCCCUUUUGUUUUUUCUGCGUGUAUGACUUGCUAUCUUACUUAACCGCACAAUAGGCUACAGCCUCGACAACCACACGGUGCACACCACCUCAAAGGCUGGGGCAAAACUCUGCAAACUGUACCGCAGUUUAUUUGCCUGUGGAAACUAAUGAUAAUCCGCACACGUUAGCUUAGCACGUUCAAACACAUCGUAUGUGCCAAGAGCAACUGUUGCAGGAUUCUAUUGUGCCUCACAACUGCCAAAAGAGCCAAGCACUGAUGAGCUGGGUUCUACAACGAACAUGUCUCAGGCUCUGCCACGCGUCACAACUGCCCUCGCAGCCAUGCACUUCCGGGCAAGGUGCUUCACCUCAGUCGUCAUGUGCCGCAUGCAUAGUCCAAGCAGUCCUGCCAAAUGUCAGUGCAAAAUCAUGUUGCAAGGUCGACAAGCAGCCUCAGGAAUGUGGGAUAAAGAAAAACUAUGGACUUCAGAGGAACAGUCUACAGGUUUGCGUUACAGGCUGAAUUAAGGAGUACGUGUUGCCGCUGAUCUGUAUCUGAGGAUACCGGUCAGAAACAGUGUCUGUGCCUAGUAUUGCACGCACGUGACCUUGUGUAGUCAUCAUCACUGUGGGUCCAUCUUGGUAUCUCUUUUUCACGAGGUCUUUCACGCUCACUUGCUUCCAGAGGUAUACUUGUUCUUAUAAGGUCACAGAUUGGGCUUGAUAGACUAAGUGCCAUUUGGCAGGUCAUGGUAAAGUCGUAAAAUGUUUGUAAAUAGCAGCCUACACAAAUGCCCAGCAGAUAUGUGCAGCUAGGCUUCUUGUGAUACACCGAAUGCUUGA